ACAAAGGUGAGCUUUGCUGACCUGAACUGAAAACAACAAAAACUCGCAAUCGGCCUUCAAGGCUGCAACUGUUUUCCAAGGUAUUUCACCUUAUUUGCUCACUUGCUACGUCACUGGCACUUGGCAUGCGAGGGUUUGUUUACUAUACCGGAGUUUUUGCCACCCCAAGCACAUGUGUGACGUCGUGGUGAAAAGGACACAAUGGAGAGAAACGGGGAGACUUUUCUGUUUGGUGUGCCAGCCACGCGCAAUGAGUUGUGCCGCCUCAACCCAAAAAAGCACUGGAGAGGAGGGAAAUCUAGCGAAUGCUCUACGGUUGUGACAAUACACCACUAAAGGCUACAGAGCCCACUGAAUAAAUUUCACUGAAUAGCCAGAAAUGGGCCACGGGGGGUACCGGUAGAGAAAGGAGGCCGACGGAGAGAAGUGGACCGGUACUGACAGGCAUCCCACAAAAUGGCGGAGGCGGUGGUCAACGUGGCCCGGAGGGUCAACGCGACCGUUGAGGAAGGACGGGAUCACCUGGACCUGUCCAACUGCAAGCUCAUGUCCUUCCCGGACGGCGUUUUCAAGGUUCUCAGCAGCGUGUCGGAGAACAUCCGGGUCAUCACCCUGGCGGACAAUGAAAUGAAGGCCAUUUCCAGCAAGUUCUUUUUGACCUUCACGCAGCUGAGAGAAUUGGACCUGCACGGAAACAUUCUCACCAAACUGCCCGACUGUCUGGAGGAAAUGAAGCACUUGACCAGCAUCGACCUGGCCAACAACAACUUCUCCGCCUUCCCCGAGAAGCUCACGCAGAUUUCCACCCUGGAGCGCAUCAACCUGGAGGGCAACAGCAUCUCGGAAAUCCCGCUGGCCCGGUUGGCCGCCAUGCCGGCGCUCAAGUGGCUCAACGUCACGUCCAACCCUCUGGACGCAAACACGCAGUCUGCUCUGACUUCUCCGCACAAAUUUGAGAUUUUAGCCCAAAGGGCGUCAUAAAGUAGUCGCGAUGCGUGGCCGGCUCGCAAAACUCCCUUUGAGACUUUGUACUCCAAGAUGGCCGACCAAACGCCGCCGCCGCUGCCGCAUGGCACCUUUGGACACUUACUUGGCUUCGUUUUCUCUGAAUUGACAACAACAAGCAAACAUCUCGGCUGGGAUAUUUCUGAUCUAAUUUAUUACUUUGCUUUCAUAAAGGUAUUUCUUCCUCCAA